AUGCAUCAUAAAAAACAUGAAACUCGUCAUCAGUCAGUAUCAUCAUCAUCAUCAUCAUCACCAUCGUCGUAUCAUUAUCGAUUAGCAACAAGGUCGUCGACAUUAAAACUAAACAAAUCAGCCAAAGUCAAACGAUUAAUUAAAAAUUCAAUCACAAAAAACGACGAAAAUCGGUUGCAUAUUAAACGAGCCAGUGAAUGUCACCAACAUUCCACACCUAUUUCUACAUCUGGGAAUCUCGCCCUAUUAACACAAAAUACUCAUUCUUCUUCCCCACUUUAUGUAAGUCGUCGUCGACCAACUAGCUCUUCUACUAUGACAUCGUAUUCUGCACUUAAACGUAAAACUCAACGAGCGGAUGUUACGUCUAAUAUAUCUCGAUUUCAAAUUAAUCUCGAACAUGUCCUUGGAUUUACCUCAACAUCGAAUUCAGUUGUUAGUCAAGAUCGGUCCACAGUAGCGUAUGCUGCUGGUUCAACUAUUGUUUUAUAUGAUCUUCAUACACAAAAGCAAGAGUUUAUUAUUAGUACAGCUCGAAAAGCAAUCACAUCGUUGUCACUUUCACCUGACGGUCGCUAUUUAGCAACAGGCGAAUGUGGUCAUGAUCCUAAAGUACGCAUUUGGGAUUUACAUGGUGAUCGAACGAGUUGUAUCGAAUUGGGUGAUCAUAAGUUUGCUAUUGAUUGUGUGUGUUUUUCGCCAAAUGUUGAUCGUCUUGUUUCGAUUGGAUCGGUGCAUGAUGGAAAUAUCUAUGUAUGGAAUUGGAAAGACAAGAAAAAGCUCGCAUCAAACAAAUGUACAUGCGCAGUUCGUCGAAUCGCUUUUGCUGAAGAUGGAAGUUAUUUCGUUACGGUUGGUAAUCGCCAUGUCAAGUUUUGGUAUUUGAUUUCCACAUCAUCAAUGGAAGUUGUUCCUUUACGUGGUCGUUACGCGAUCUUAGCUGAACGAAAAGAUAAUUUAUUUACAGACGUAGUUUGUGGACGUGGUGACUGUGCUGGAAUGACCUAUGUGAUAACAGCCAAUGGACUGAUUUGCCAAUUUGAUGAACAUAGACAAAUGUGUGGUGAACGUGAUCUUCAGGAAAAAACGAAUUGUUUAGCGAUUGGUGAUUUAUAUCUAGUUAUCGGGUGUAUGAAAGGUGCUGUUUAUGUCUUUUCACCACAAACUCUUGAUUAUAUUAUGUCUAUUCCUUUGCCGCAUUACUUGGGUGUUGACAUUGCUUUUAUUACAUCAGUAGAUCAAAUAACCUAUCCGCAACAGCAACAAAACACAUCCUUUCCUGAUACGAUUGCUGUUUGUUUGGAUGAAGAUAAAUCAGUGUUAACAUGUUUUUAUAAUGACCAUAGUUUUUACAUAUGGGAUAUUCGCAAUGAGCGAUCGGUAAAAAAACGUGAUUCGCAUAUGUAUCAUUCAGGGUGCGGAUGGGGAAUUGAAACUUAUUCAAAGACAGCGACGUCGCCAGCGAUUCUUCGUCAGUUGUCUUGUAUAACGUGUUCAUCAGAUAAUUCAGUUCGAUUUUGGACAUUGAAUCAUAAUGAUACGGAUUCAUACACGAGUUCAUCCAGUGCAACAUCGAAUAUAUUCAGUAGACAAUUGCUGAAAAUUGUCUAUUUAGAUGAUGAUCAUACGAAACUAUGUGAUACUCAAUCAACUCAAGAGCGACCUGAAUUUGUACCUAAAACUGGUGGCCGUUGUAUGAAAAUGAAUCCCGAUGGUUUAUCGAUGGCGAUUGGCGAUCGAAAUGGAAAUAUUCGAAUAUUUAACACUGAAACUUUUCAGCAAAGUGCACUUAUCGAAGCACAUGAUAGUGAAGUACUUAGUGUUGACUAUAGUCGUUCAACGGAUAUAGGUACAACAUUUCUGGCAUCCAGUAGUCGUGAUCGUUUUGUACAUCUAUUCGAUGUCACCAAAGAUUACCAACUCGUGGCAACUUUGGAUGAUCAUUCAGCAGCUAUAACAGCUGUACGAUUCACGUAUUCAUCGAUAACUUCAACAUUACAAUUGAUAUCGUGCAGUGCAGAUAAAUCUUUAAUAUUUCGUUCAGUGUUAAAAAAUGAUAAUGGCAAAUAUCAAUUCAUACGCUCGAAUAAUAUUGUUGAAAAGCAAACCUUCUAUGAUUUAGCUAUUGAUCACUCACGUGAACUCGUUAAUACCGCUUGUCAAGAUCGAAUGAUCAGAGUUUAUAAUUUACAAGAUGGUAAACGCGUUCGAACGCGUAAAGGAACAGUGGGUGAUGAUACAGGUUAUUUGAUCAAAAUCGACGUGGACACAUCAGGAAGAUAUUUAGCAACAUCAUGUUCAAAUAAAUAUGUUUAUAUUUGGGAUACUAUUACUUCGGAAUGUAUUGCAACACUUUGUGGACAUAGUGAAAUUGUUACUGAUUUGAAAUUUAGUCAAGACGGUCGCCACUUAUUCACAAUUUCGGGUGAUAGUUGUGUUUUCGUUUGGAAUACAGCCGAUUUAGCAGUUGUGCCGACAACAUAUCGAACUCAGCCAAUUUCAUUAACAAAAUCCAUCGAUUUAGAAGCAACUGAUGUCGAUGAAUCUAUUUCACAAUCAUUCAGUGUUUCUGAAGAUCGCCAAGGAAAAUUGAAACAUUCGCGAAGUGUCUGGGGAACGACGGAAACAGGCUCAUCUCCAUUCGAAUCAAAACUUAUGCGAGCAAAACUAUCUGAUAUCAUUUCUGAACAAUCACCCAAUAAAGUUUUCCAUUCGAUUAGUUCUCAAGACGAGGAAUCAGUUUUCCUCGACGAUGAUGCUGAUCGAACAUUCUCAACGACAACGGAUAAUACAUCUAGUAAAAUGAAUUCAUUCUUUGCCGAAAACUACGAUCAUGAAAAUGUGACCAGCAACACAUUAGUUAAUGAAGGACUUGUGUCAUCGUGCGCACUAAAACGACGAAAGAGUGUUUCAUCUCGUUUUCGUUCUGUUUCCAAAGAUACACUAGCACCUGAUACAUCGACAACAUCGCUUGAUACACUUCAAACUGAUAACUCAGUGACUCUAUCGACACAAACAACUACCCGUCACAGCAAAUAUGCUCGAUCACAAUCAAGUGCGACGACAGCAAGCGAAAUUAAAGUAACCCCGACAAGAGCAUAUCUAAGACGAGAUGCUCGCACUCUCCGGACACGUUCAGAAGACCGCUAUCGCGGACCAUGCCUUUCACUUCUCGAUAGCACUGGUGAUACAACAGGAACAUCGUCUUCGUCCUCGAAUUCUCAGUUACCAUCCUAUGCUGCUCAUACAUCGAGUUCAAUGAAUAAACUGCGUGACAGUUCAACCUCUUCUAUUAUUCAUUCAUCCGCUGCACUGCUCUCCUCGUCGUCAAAUACAUCAUUAGCGGUUUCUUCUUCUCGAACGCGCUGCGUUCCAUCAGUUGUGUCAUACGAUACUCGUUCAUCAUCAGCAAAACCUAUGAUCAAAUCUCGUUCAUCACAAAAUCUUAUUGAUGAUAUGGCAGUCACGAUAGCUGUCAACACUGAACCACCUAAGCCAUUACCAACACGUCGAACGAAAGUUGCUUUCGUUUCCCGGCGUCCGCCUAAUCUUCCAACACCAGCCAAUGUUCAACUAUCCACAACUUCCUCUUCAUCGUCCAAUGCAUCAUCUCCAACGAAACCAAAACGGCAUCUUUCGCCUUCACUACAAGAAACUGUUUUACCAUUACCUACCCUAGAUACAUCAUCGAAUGAUCUCAUGCCAAAAUGGGCACAAGAUUGUUUCUACCGAACGGUUGUUCUUGGUUUAAAGCCUUUACUACUACAAGAUGCUCCGUCGUCAUCGCCCAAAAAACAUUCGACGAGUACUUCAUCGAUGGAAAGCUCCGAUUCAUUAGAGAUAACAAAUGAACUAAUCAAUAAUCUAAAUGAAAUGCCAAUACGACGAAGUUUUUCCGUUUCAGACAAUCCACAGGUCGAUACAACUAAAUCUAAACAAGCUGAAUCGAAUCCAAAUGAUCACCGUAUGCCAGCAAUCAGUCAUCUUGUUGAUGACUUACAUAAACGUCUCAAUGAAUUGGAAAACUUCUAUUCGACAGUUUCUCAAAGUUCAGAUAAACGUGAUUUAAUGUUAAAACAAACAAUUGAACAAAUCUUUACUGAUCUUCAUACGCGAAUCUCAAAUGAUCAUCAACAGCAAAACUUAACUUCCAAUGCUGUUAAUGAUUAA